ACAUUGCUGGUGUUCCUGUGUUUCAGAGGAUCAGCUGCCCCCAGGUUUCCCCACCAUAGAUAUGGGCCCUCAGCUCAAGGUGGUGGAGCGUACUCGUACCGCCACCAUGCUUUGCGCUGCUAGCGGUAAUCCGGACCCGGACAUUUCCUGGUUCAAAGACUUCCUCCCGGUCAACACCAGUAACAACAACGGCCGCAUCAAACAGCUCCGAUCAGAGUCCUUUGGAGCGCUGCAAAUCGAACAAAGCGAUGAAUCGGACCAAGGGAAGUACGAAUGUGUCGCGACCAACAACGAUGGCACGCGCUAUUCUGCACCUGCCAACCUGUAUGUCAGAGAGCUCCGAGAAGUGAGACGGGUUCCGCCCCGGUUCUCCAUUCCCCCGACGGACAAUGAGAUCAUGCCCGGUGGAAGCGUUAACAUCACCUGUGUGGCCGUUGGGUCGCCGAUGCCCUAUGUUAAAUGGAUGUUGGGGUCAGAGGAUUUGACCCCUGAAGAUGACAUGCCCAUUGGGCGAAAUGUGCUGGAACUCACCGAUGUCCGCAGUCGGCCAACUACUGCGUGUGUCGCCAUGUCAACGCUGGGCGUUAUAGAAGCGAUCGCGCAGAUUACGGUCAAAGCUUUACCGAAGCCACCAGGUGUACCCCAAGUAACGGAACGCACAGCAACAAGCAUCACGCUCACAUGGGAUUCUGGGAAUCCCGAACCUGUUUCUUAUUACAUCAUCCAGCACAAGCCCAAAAACUCUGAGGACUCUUUCAAAGAGAUCGAUGGAGUUGCCACCACUCGAUACAGCGUGGGCGGGCUAAGCCCUUACUCUGACUAUCAGUUCAGAGUAGUCGCAGUGAAUAACAUCGGACGUGGGCCUCCAAGCGAUGCCAUCGAGGCCAAAACAGCAGAGCAGGCCCCGAGUACUGCUCCACGGCAAGUCCGAGGGCGUAUGCUAAGUGCCACGACCGCCAUCAUCCACUGGGAUGAACCUGAGGAGGCAAAUGGACAGAUUACUGGCUACAGGGUUUACUAUACCACCGAUCCCAGCCAGCAUGUCAACCAAUGGGAGAAACAGAUUGUAAGAACUUCCAACUUCCUCACCAUUCCGGGCCUGACGCCCAAUAAGACUUACUACAUUAAGGUCCUGGCCUUCACCUCUGUAGGAGAUGGACCGCUCUCAUCUGAUUUACAAAUCAUAGCCAAAACAGGAGUGCCCUCUCAACCAACGGACUUCAAAGGCGAAGCCAAAUCUGAGACGAGUAUCUUGCUGUCGUGGAACCCGCCGACUCAGACAGGCCAGGACAAUCAAAUCGUCGGAUACGAGCUGCUCUAUAAGAAAGGAGAUGACAAAGAGGAGAAACGAGUAAGCUUUGAGCCCACCACAACCUAUUUGCUGAAAGAUCUGAAGCCAUUCACUACCUACACGUUUCAGCUGGCCGCUCGCAGUAAACAUGGCAUCGGCGCAUACACCAAUGAGAUCUCAGCCGAAACACCUCAGACACAGCCCUCAGCUCCACCCCAGGAAGUCAAGUGUACUAGUCCCAGUUCUACCAGCAUUCUGGUAAGUUGGAAACCACCCCCGUUGGAUCUCCAAAACGGAAUCAUGACCAAAUACACUGUCCAGUGCGUGGGAACCGAAAGCGAUGAUACCUUGUUGCGUCAAGUCUCGGACAUACCGCCAGAAAAGUACCAUUAUCUGUUGGAAAACUUGGAGAAAUGGACGGAAUACCGCGUGACAGUGAGAGGCCAUACUGAAGCAGGAGAAGGCCCUGAGAGUUUACCUCAGCUAGUUCGUACCGAGGAGGAUGUGCCCAGUGGCCCUCCUCGUAAAGUCGAGGUGGAGGCUGUCAACUCCACGUCUGUUAAAGUGCUGUGGCGGUCGCCGGUGCUGAGCAGGCAGCACGGCCAGAUCCGUGGGUACCAGGUGCACUAUGUCAGGAUGGUUAAUGGGGAACCCGUUGGGCACCCUGUCAUCAAGGACAUCCUGAUCGAUGACGCUCAGUGGGAGUACAGUGAUUCAGCCGAACACGAAUUAGUUCUCGUCGACCUGCACGCUGAGACCACGUAUUCGGUUACGGUCGCCGCUUACACCACCAAAGGUGACGGAGCUCGCAGCAAACCCAAGCUGGUCACCACCACCGGAGCCGUUCCGGAAAAACCUCGUCUCAUGGUGAGUCCGACAAACAUGGGCACGGCAUUACUGCAGUGGCACCCACCGACCAACACCUACGGCCCACUGCAAGGCUAUCGGCUCCGCUUUGGCCGCAAGGACGUGGAGCCCUUGACCAUCAUCGAGUUCUCCGAGCGAGAGAACCACUACACCACCAAAGAGAUCCACAAGGGUGCGUCCUACACCUUCCGCCUCUCGGCCCGCAACAGGGUGGGAUUCGGAGAGGAGACGGUGAAGGAGAUCACCACUCCCGAGGACACACCUGCCGGUUACCCACAAGGCAUUGUAGCCCAAAGCAGCACAACCACCACCAUCCAGGUCACCUGGCAGCCUGUGGUGUUAGCCGAGCGCAACGGAGCCGUUAUCAAAUAUGCCCUUCAGUACAAAGACAUCAACAGCCCUCGUAGCCCCUCAGAACUGUUCAUCACCGCACCAGAGUCCACCGUCACCCUAGACGGCCUUAAAGCAGACACCACGUACGAUAUUAAAAUGUGUGCCUUCACCAGUAAGGGCCCCGGUCCUUACAGUCCUAGCGUCCAGUUCAGAACACAACCUAUCAACCAAGCAGUGUUUGCAAAAAAUUUUCACGUGAGAGCUGCCAUGAAGACCUCGGUGCUGCUGACGUGGGAGAUUCCCGAGAACUACAACCCUGCACAGCCGUUUACGAUCCUGUACGAUAACGGACAGAGCGUGGAGGUGGAUGGGAAACUGACACAGAAGCUCAUCACUAACCUUCAGCCGGAGACGCAGUACUCCUUCCUGCUCACCAACCGUGGGAACAGCGCCGGAGGACUGCAGCACCGCGUCUCCACCAUGACAGCGCCUGACAUACUGCGCACCAAACCCUACCUGAUCGGCAAGACCAACUCAGACGGCAUGGUCACGGUCGAGCUGCCCACUGUUCAGACGGCUGAGAAAGUGAGGGGUUACUACAUCGUGGUGGUGCCGCUGAAGAAACAGAGGCCCGGGAAGUUCAUCAAACCCUGGGACAGUCCGGACGAGAUGAAUCUGGAGGAGCUGCUGCGAGAAAUCAACCGAACGAGUCGCGCUCUUCGCUUCCGGAGGCAGAUGGAGCCCAAGCCGUACAUCGCAGCGUUUUUCCGCGAGCUGCCGACCGAGUUCACGCUGGGAGACGCCAAGAUGUACGGAGACUUCGAGAACAAACAGCUGCUCAACGGACAGGAGUACGUCUUCUUCGUUCUGGCGGUGCUGGAGAUCUCCGACAACAUGCUGUACGCGGCGAGUCCGUACUCCGAUCCGGUGAUGUUUGCCGAUAUCGACCCGCAGCCCAUAAUCGAUGAAGAGGAGGGUCUGAUCUGGGUGGUGGGGCCCGUGCUAGCUGUCAUCUUCAUCAUCUGCAUCGUCAUCGCCAUCCUGCUGUACAAGAGCAGUCAACCAGACAGGAAAAGGGCAGAGUCAGAGGCCAGGAAAGGCAGUCUGCCCAGCGGUAAAGAAAUGCCCUCCCAUCACCCCACAGACCCCGUGGAGUUACGCCGCCUGAACUUCCAGACUCCCGGUUCAGCCACAUCGGUUUACCCCAGUAACCUCCAUUUGUCAAGGAUGGCCAGUCACCCUCCCAUUCCGGUCAUGGAGCUGGCCGAUCACAUCGAACGCCUGAAAGCAAAUGACAACUUGAAGUUUUCGCAGGAGUAUGAGUCGAUCGAUCCCGGGCAGCAGUUCACGUGGGAGCACUCCAACCUGGAGGUCAACAAACCAAAGAACCGCUACGCUAACGUCAUCGCCUACGAUCACUCCAGAGUCCUGCUCUCGGCCAUCGAUGGUAUCCCAGGCAGCGACUACAUCAACUCAAACUACAUCGACGGCUACCGCAAGCAGAACGCUUACAUCGCCACGCAAGGAGCGCUGCCCGAGACCUUCGGAGACUUCUGGAGGAUGAUCUGGGAGCAGCGGAGCGCCAACAUCGUCAUGAUGACCAAACUAGAGGAGAGAUCCAGGGUCAAGUGUGACCAGUACUGGCCCAACCGAGGGACGGAGACGUACGGCCUCAUCCAGGUCACUCUGCUGGACACGGUGGAGCUGGCCACGUACUGCGUCCGGACGUUUGCACUGUACAAGAACGGCUCCAGCGAGAAGCGCGAGGUUCGGCAGUUCCAGUUCACGGCGUGGCCGGAUCACGGCGUCCCGGAGCAUCCCACGCCGUUCCUGGCCUUCCUGCGCAGGGUCAAGUCCUGCAACCCGCCGGACGCCGGGCCCAUGGUGGUGCACUGCAGUGCCGGCGUGGGUCGGACCGGCUGCUUCAUCGUCAUCGACGCCAUGCUGGAGCGAAUCAAACACGAGAAGACGGUGGACAUCUACGGUCACGUGACGCUCAUGCGCGCUCAGAGGAACUACAUGGUCCAGACGGAGGACCAGUACGUCUUCAUCCACGGCGCAGCGCUCGAGGCCGUCACCUGCGGCACCACCGAGGUUCCCGCCCGGAACCUGUACGCCUACAUCCAGAAGCUGACGCAGAUCGAGACCGGAGAGAACGUCACCGGGAUGGAGCUGGAGUUUAAGCGGUUAGCGAACACAAAAGCUCACACCUCUCGGUUCAUCAGUGCCAAUCUGCCCUGCAACAAGUUCAAAAACAGACUGGUGAACAUCAUGCCCUACGAGUCCACCCGCGUCUGCCUGCAGCCAAUCAGAGGAGUCGAGGGAUCCGACUACAUCAACGCCAGCUUCAUCGACGGAUACCGGCAACAGAAGGCCUACAUCGCCACGCAGGGUCCUUUAGCCGAAACCACAGAAGACUUCUGGAGGAUGCUUUGGGAACACAACUCCACCAUCGUGGUGAUGCUGACCAAACUCAGAGAGAUGGGCCGAGAAAAGUGCCAUCAGUACUGGCCAGCGGAGCGUUCAGCCAGAUAUCAGUAUUUCGUGGUGGAUCCGAUGGCUGAAUACAACAUGCCACAGUACAUCCUGCGAGAGUUUAAAGUGACGGACGCACGGGACGGACAGUCACGGACCGUCAGGCAGUUCCAGUUCACGGACUGGCCAGAACAAGGCGUGCCAAAAUCAGGGGAAGGCUUCAUCGACUUCAUCGGCCAAGUGCAUAAAACAAAAGAGCAGUUUGGUCAGGAUGGACCCAUAUCGGUCCACUGUAGCGCUGGCGUGGGCAGGACGGGCGUCUUCAUCACCCUCAGCAUCGUUCUGGAGCGCAUGCGCUACGAGGGAGUGGUGGACAUCUUCCAGACGGUCAAGAUGUUAAGAACACAGCGGCCAGCGAUGGUCCAGACCGAAGAUCAGUACCAGUUUUGUUACAGAGCUGGGUUGGAGUAUCUCGGGAGCUUCGACCACUAUGCAACAUAAGAUCUUCGUCACGCUGUCAGGGAGACGGAUCGGCCAUCGGACAUCCAGCGGUCAUUUAAUUCUUCUGAGCCAUAAAUACCUGCUUGUGAAAAGAACUUAAACUCUUCGAUUACAUGUUGGAUGUGCAACGUAAACCUAGAAAUACUUACAAACGACAAUAAAAAGACAAAUAUCCAGGUGGACCAAGAAAAAUCACCCCGAUCUGAUUUCAUGAAUAAAUAAAUAGUAAUAAUAAUAAAUAAUAAUAAUAAUAAAGAUGAUGAUGAUAAUAAUUUCAGACUGCUGAAGUGCGGAAUAAUCGCUGCUUCGAGGAUUCAUGAACCCUAAAGGAGUCACGAACACAGACGCUGUGAGACGGGGAGCUCGAGACACGGUGUAAAGAGAAUCUGUUUUGUUCCACAAUCAACACGAGGAGAUACGUCCCUGAUGAAGAGAGCCGCCACCAUCGUCAUCAUCCGAGGAGACUAGACGAAUAAGUACAAGACGUCCGGAGAAACCACACGAACACUGCAUACCAGCUUUCGUUUUCCUCUCUUUUAUGACAGACAUCAGCUGAGCGUAUUCCUCAUGGUUUUUGGGUUUUUUCGUUCUGUUCUGAUGUCCUGGUGUCUGCACCCAUGAGCCCUCCUUCAUUCAUCGUUUGCCGGUGGUUUGUGGCGUUCUGUUUCAAACACACUCGCUGAAUCACGGGGUGGGCAGAGUAUAAAGGUUAGAAGAUAUCUCAGUUCUUCCAUGAGCAGAGAGAGAGAGAUAUUAAUAAAGUCUUUAUUUAUAUAACCUCAAGAUGUAUAUUCACAAAAUAUAGAUAUAUAGAUGAUAUAAUAUAUGAAAAUGAUGAUGGGUUUUCCGCUGGAAUGCACAUCAGCAGGACGGACGGACGGACACGCAUCUUUUCUUGUGCAAUAACUAGACGUUUUACGGCUGGAGGGUUCAGUUCAUGUCGGUUCAACGAGGGCGGGGCGAUCGUCGUGGGUCAAAGGUCAUCGUCGUGCAUCCGUUAGGCCACAGGUACAAAGACGUCCACGUGUUCAUUCUUUUGCAUUUAGAGUGCCUUAUAUUUAUGCCUGUUCUUUUCUACGAUAUUCAUUUAACGACGUGUAUAGUUUAAGUAGUUCAUGUACGAGUAUUUAUCGAUUGAUUUCCCACGCGUACGGAUUUAUAGUCUAUGAAAUUAUAUAUGCAAAUACGUAAUUCCAUCAUUACUGUUUAAUUGUCUGUGGCCUUAAUUUGGCUCAGAGAAAAUAAAAACGACAAGGGUACGACAAAGACAGCAAGCGCGCGCUAACCGUCAGGCCCGAUACUGUUACGUCAUUUCUGUUACGGUAUUUUAUAUUCGUUCCCCAACGGCACCGAGAUGAAUUAAUCACGUCUUUUGAAGACCAAGCUUUGGCGUCAUUAAAAAACGAAAGGCCCUAAAAAACCUGCAAAGCUCUUGCCGAUAAGCUACUAAGUAUUUUCCGACUAGAAUAUUACGAUUGGACAGCUGAACCUCACUGGCUUUGUGGAUGUGCAUUCCAGAUGCUUUUUUUCCCCUUUCUUGUUUUGAAUAGAGAAAGCGUUUUAUUGUUUCGACUCGGAUGUUUUCGUCAUCACAUGUCGAGCAGCUGUCAGCGCCACCUAGCGUUCAGCGCUUCAAUGUGCUCCACGUCAGCUUUUCUUUCCCUCUUCUGGAUCUUAUUUGAUAUGCAUGAGUUCAACUGCAGUGGGGGCGAGUAGGAAGAAUUGCACUUUGUAUCUCUUUAUCUCUAUGCACUGCCCUACUGAUUCCGCACCCAUUACGGAUUUUACUUGAACCCGACUGUACGAAUCUCCUUCAGACUUCACUUGGUGUGUAUGUAAAUAACACAGAAAAGAGACAACCCAAGUAAUAAGAGAGAGAGAAAAAAAAAAGAUUAAGAGAAAGGAAAAGCAAAUCGGUUGCGAAAAAAAGAGCAUCUUUAGCAGGUGAUUUCAAAGUGUCACUUCUUCCCCCGUUGAAAGACUGAAGCGUCACAAACGCAGACGUACAUGUGGUGUUUCUAAGCUCCCUGUUACUCUCACAUCUGGAUGCAUAGACUGAAAUUAAUUCAAUUCAAUUGUAAAGAAAAAAUGGCUUGUUAAAAAAAGAAUCAUGAAAUUACCUCUGAUUAGUUGUAAAUGUAAACUGUUUUUUGAUUUAAUUUGAUUUGAUUUGAUUUUUUUUUUCUGAAUGAAUGGAGUGCUUUUUAUUUUCAUACUUAGAUGACAUUGGUGAAAAGACACAUCUGUACGAGAAGCCGUCCUUCUGUACUUUGCUGACACAAGUUCCAUUUGUUAUAAAUGAAUUCUAUUAAAAAAUGUAAGUGUUAUGCA